UUCAUCUCGUCAGUAUCGCUCCAGUCCUCAGCAGGAGCAGGCGACACAUCCGACAGGCCUAACAGAUUGAACUGAAUAGUGGUGACCCCCAGCUGCACCCCAGGAUGCCAUCCCACAAACACAGCCCCCCUCCCUACCAACCGGGCAGCAAACACCAUGGCAGCAGACAUAAGCACAGCGAACGCAUCUCCAACCCAGCCUUCUCCUACUACCCUGCGGAGGAGCUGCUCCAUUUCUACCGCUGGACCUCACCUCCGGGUGUGAUGAAGAUCAUGUGUAUCAUCAUCAUCAUCAUGUGUGUGGCAAUUUUUGCCUGUGUAGCCUCCACGCUGGCCUGGGACUAUGAUAUGAGCAUGAUGGGAAUGGGUGGUGCAAUGAUACCGGGCUCGUAUGGCAGCUCUUACGGCGGAGCGUAUGGUGGCUCAUAUGGUGGCACGUAUGGUGGCUCCAGUUCCAUGGGCGGUAGUGGUGGCUAUGGGUACGGAUAUGGAGGCCAGUACAUGGAUCCCAAAGCCGGCAAAGGCUUCAUUAUUGCCAUUGCUGGCAUUACCUUCAUUGCUGUUCUUAUCAUCUUCAUUUUGGUCAUAUCAAGGCAAAGCACAGCCCGCUCCCCACAGUUCUACCUGGCAGCCAUCAUUAUAUGCGCUAUCCUGGCGUUUUUGAUGAUCAUUGCCACCAUUGUGUAUCUGGUGGCAGUAAAUCCAACUGCCCAGUCCUCAGGGUCAAUCUACUACAACCAGAUCCGCCAGCUGUGUGCCUCGUACCAGAACCAGAACCAGGCCCAGGGCCUUUUCAUCAACCAGUACAUGUACCACUACUGUGUGGUAGAGCCCCAGGAGGCCAUCGCAAUCGUCCUGGGCUUCCUCGUGUUUGUAGGCCUCAUCAUCCUGCUGGUGUUCGCAGUCAAGACUCGAUCCAAGAUCAGGCGCUGGGGCCGAGAUCGCAUCCUCUGGGAGGAAGUGAAGGUCAUCAGUGAUGGUCUACCUAACAGCAUUGGGGAAUGGGUCAACAAUGUGUCUGGUGAGCCAGAAGCCCUGGUGAAUGACUACAAUGACAGAGUGGGGGGAUCCAGAGACUAUCUGGACAGGCUGGACUACAACAAGCCCAUUUACCUGCCUGGAGACUCUGACAUCACCAGCUCUCUGGGAGGCCUGAAGAACAAGCUGAAGGACUAUGACACUGGAAUUGAAUCUGGAGAUGAACUGGAGGAGGUGGACUUCAACGUUGAGUUUCCUCCCAUCAUGGACGAGCAGGAGCGUCUGUCUUACAAGAGGGAGUUUGACAGAGACCAUCAAGAGUACAAGAGCCUGCAGGCCGAGCUUGAUGACAUUCAGCAGGGCGUGGCCUACGUGGAAAGAGAGCUGGACCGCCACCCAGAGGGCAGCCCGCAGUACUUGGAUGCCAUGGAUGAAUACACCAAACUGAAGAACCUCAAAAAGUCGUCAGAUUACCAGAUCAAGAAGAAGCGAUGCAAAUAUCUCAGGUCCAAGCUGUCCCAUAUCAAGAGGAAAGUCAGCGAAUAUGACCGCCGACCGUGAAGCUGGACCGCCAGCCUGUCCCACCUGCAGGGAGCGGACACACUCUGCCCGUCUGGAUCCACUGAUCUAUAGGAGAUUAUAUAAUAUAAACCUGAGGCCUUUAUUUUAUUGGUUUAUCAGCCCAAUGUUGCUUAAUCUGACAUUUCCUGCAGAAAGAAAGGAGGUUUCCUUUUUUUUUUUUACUAUAUAGUUCUCUUAAAUUCUUUAAAGAUCAAAUGAAGUGUAUUUUAUCUCCUUUCUCUCCUGAAGUCAGAAGGUGAGAAUGAUGUGAAUGUCACAAUGUUAGUUUUGCAGUAAUGGUGACUUUUCUGGAGCACGUGUUGUACAUCUUUUACUGAUUUUUGUUUGUUUGUUUUUUAUUUUAUUUUUUUAUGCCGUUUUUCAAAUGAAAAAGCAGUCAAUGCUAUUGGACUCACCAGACACAAAGCUAUUGGUGAAGACUAAAAAAAUAUCAGAACUCUUGUGUUGUCAGUUUUGUUGUGCUGGUGUGUAGAGUUGCACUCUUCAGCUUUUAGAAACUGAAGCUCCUUCACUGUGUCUGUGCCAUUGUGAGCCUUCUUCGUACUACAAUGUGGCCACUCUGAAAUGUCUUGUUUUAAUGAAUGGCAUUUUACUGUCCCUCCACUAUUUAAAAGUGGUAAGUUCUUCCCAGACCUGUCUGUUUAUAUAUCACUGGGUUUUUGUUCCACAGAUUUCUAUUUUUUACAAAUGCUGAUACAAUCCUGCCUCUUGUACAGUAGACCUUUUCCACAGCAGUCACUUUGACAUGAGUGGCAGAGCACACACAGGUGUUCAUGCUGACAGGCUCAGCUACACUUUAAUUCAACCUUAGGUAAUGGCAUUAGUGACACCUGUGCUUGUCCUGUUAUCACGUCAGAAUGGCUGUGGUGAUAAAGGUCCUUUCAUUUCCUGAAAUUUCUUAAGCGUAUUUUUAUUAAGAUGUAAUGACACUGUACAGGUUAAACCCACUUAUAUAUGAUAUGCCUUACAGCAAGCAGGCAAGUAAACUGGUAAUAAAAUGUACAAUCAUUAUUUA